GGCUUAAGCAAUAUCACACGCUCUAGGGCACCCAGAGGUUGAUCAACUGGUACUACGUUGUCUUUAGACUGCAAAGACCAGUGUACGGUCUUUUGUGAUACCAUUGCCCUGUAAGCGCAAUAAAUAUCAUACACACGUGAUCACAAUGGCAAUGUUCACUAGGGUAGUUGGCGGUAUUGGUUCGUCAGUUACUGUUCCUUUGCGCGCUGAUGUGUGCUCUAUAUCGUUACAACGCCGAUUUUUCGGCAGUGGCGAUAUGCAGACUGUCGCCACGCGUAUAAAGUCCGUCAAGUCGAUUCAGAAGAUCACGAAGGCCAUGAAGAUGGUUGCUGCAUCUAAGCUUAAGGCUGACCAACGUCGCCUUGAGGCUGGUUUACCUUUUAGUCUACCUGUUCAGGACGUCAUGAACCUGCUACCCAUCUCAACUACUGAGACUGCUGGGAAGAGCAAUGCUAUACUCGUGUUAGCUUCGGAUAAGGGUUUGUGUGGUGGUAUUAAUUCUGCUGUGGCCAAGAUGACAAAGGGCAUCCUUGCUGGAGGUGAAUCUGGUGGUACAACAUUUUCUGUGUACUGUGUAGGUGAGAAGGCGCGCAGUGCCUUGGAAAGCACGUAUGGCAAAUACUUUAGAAACGUGUUUACUGAGCUUUGUCGCACGCCAUUCAACUAUGCGAAGGCUGCCUUGAUUAGUGAGUCUUUGCAUAGGGGCAAUCACGAUCGCAUUCGUAUCGUCUACAAUCACUUUAAGAGUGCCAUCAGCUACGAAACGCGUACGCUGGAUGUUUUGUCUUUAUCUCAAUUCAAGGCUAUGCACAAGCGGGAGUUGAACGUUUACGAGACUGAGCCUGAGAUGGCUGACUUGUUCCCUGAUUUGUACGAGUUUUAUUUAACUUGUUGUGUAUAUGGGUGUAUGUUGGAUUCACUGGCUGCUGAGCAGUCUGCGCGCAUGUCGGCUAUGGACAACGCCUCUACCAAUGCUUCUGACAUGCUACAGUCUCUGACGCUGAAAUUCAACCGUGCUCGUCAGUCGAAGAUCACCUUGGAGCUUAUCGAGAUUAUUGGUGGUGCCAACGCCCUGUAAUAACAAGCGGGCGCCUUGCAACUCUAGUGUAAUAUUCACUGUAAAUUCUU